UUGCCUCAACCUCCGCCUGGACCUCGCCUCACGCCGCCGCCCCAUCCUCUCUUAUUGAAUGCUGAAGCAACCCAAAGCAAGAGCACGUCUCAAUCUCUUAGCGAAAAUUUGUGGUUGAGGAAGGUUUUCCGUAGCCGGCUUCUGGAUUUUUUAAAGUCUCAUACAGGUAUAACUUUUACACUCCUUCCUUUGGUUGCUUUACUGUUGAAGGUUUUGGUUUCUAUUCCCAUAAUUGAAAAUUUGAUGUGUGAGUCUGGGAGUGCGACAAGAAGAUGGAGAGACCAAAGAAGCAAGUGCUACUUUUCCACUGUGUGGAAGCUGAAGAUUUGGCAUGCAAGGUCGCAACUCAUUCAGACCUCAUCCAGCUACAAUCGAUUUUAUUCACCUAGCAUUUGCUGUUACAAAUGA